AUGGACGACUCAGGGACGGCAAAUCAACCACUAGUUAUAAAGCAUCUCGAUGACAUUGUCGUUCUUGGACGAUACACGAUGCUUGUCUGUCUUCUAACAGAACUAGCAUUUCUUUCGCAGUUAUCAAAUACAAUGUAUAUGGUGUACGCAGGUUCCUCGCCCAUGAUAAGAGGGUGCGGUAAUAUGACGUUUGCUACUAUGGAGGAAGCAUGUGCUAAUUUACAUCAAUGUGAAGGACUUCCUUUAGAGUUAGAAAGCCAAUUCUUCUCAGUGAAUGAAGAGUGGGAAAUCCAUUGCGAACAAAGAUAUUUGGAGCGGCGGAGUACUUCACUGCAAAUGCUCGGUGUGAUGAUUGGUUCUCUCAGUUCAGGGCAAAUCAGCUCCUCAUUGGGUAGGAAAAAGCCGAUGGUAGUAUGCUUGACAAUGACCGGCCUACUAAGCCUGGCCACUUAUUUCGUCAAUGAUCUCGUUCAAUUCACUAUUAUUCGUUUUAUUCUCGGCAUAUUCACAGGAGGUCAUUCAACUGUAGUGAUGGUCUAUUUACUUGAAAAUAUCCCAAAGAAAUCCCGGAUGUGGAUCAACACUGUCAUCAAUUAUUCGCCCAAUGUAAUCAUUCUCGGCAUCAUUGCCUACUUCUUUCAACAUUGGCGUUCCUUAGCGCUCGUCAUCUCCGCUCUACACAUACCAGCUGUGAUUCUUAUGAUACAGCUACAUGAGAGCCCUCGAUGGCUUGUGCAACGAGGGAAAAUCCAUGAAGCGCGACGUGUCAUACUCAGAAUAGCUCACAUCGACGGUGACAAAGCGAAAAUCGACGAGAAGAAUCUUGACCAAAUCCUCAAGCAGGAACAUGCUCAAUUCGAAAUCAUGGGAAAAAAACGACAUACGUACUGGCAUGUCUUUAAAAAAGCUCAUCUAGCGUUUCCACUUUUUGCCUGUAUGGUAGUGAACUACGCAAAUAUGUUCAAUCUGGGUAGUUUAUCUGGAUCGAUCUAUCUGAACUCGAUUCUUGUCGGUUCACUUCGAUACUCGUCGAAUCUCACCUGUGGAUUACUCGACUAUAAGUUCUUGUGUUUUGGACGAAAACGAGCACAUACUGCUUGCCAACUGCUCGUGCUAGUGUCGCUGCUUACGUCAACAGUGAUUUUCUACACCGAAAACUGUGGGGAGAUUGUGAGGAUCUGCGUGUUGAUAGUUUGCGCCAUGGCAUCGCAGAUUGUGAUCGUCGACUCUGUCGCUUGUAACGAGCUCUUUCCCACUUCGGUACGAACCUUAUGCUACUCAUUUGUGCAACUAUGCAGCCGGAUGGGUAUCGUCAUUGCUCCCCAUGUGUACUCAUGGGUAGGUACACUUUCCUAUUUCCCUUUUUUUAUAAAAAUGAAUCAAAAGGGGGUGCCACUCAUUAUUUUGUUGUACACGAAUCGAAUGUUCUUAUGCAAGAAUGUUGAGUAUUUGUUAAAGAGAUAA